AAACGAAGAAGAAGAAAGACUUCCUCCCAAAUCCAAUAUGGCGACAUAGUCUAGCUGUCCACGUUAGUUUGUUGACAUUAUUUUGAAUAGCUACAUAUACACCGUUUUGUAGAGUUAGAGCUAUCAUAAAUAUGUCCAGACUCAUCGUUAAAAACCUUCCCAAUGGGAUGAAGGAGGAAAGGUUCAGGUCGAUGUUUGCUGCCUUUGGCACUGUGACAGACUGCUCCCUGAAGUUUACUAAAGAGGGUAAGUUCCGCAAGUUUGGUUUUGUGGGAUUUAAAUCGGAGGAAGACGCUAACACAGCGCUGAAACACUUCAACAAGAGCUUCGUGGACACCUCAAGAGUCACGGUGGAAAUGUGUAAGGCUUUUGGUGAUCCCACUAAAGAGAAAGCCUGGAGCAAACACACUCAGAAGUUAGAGCAGGACAAGCCUUCUGCUCCUCCACCUCCUGCUGACAGCAAAAAGAAAAAGAUCAAGAAAAAGGAGGGUGUGCUGGGAGAACUGGAGGAGGAAGAAGGAUUCAAAGAGUUUCUUUCGGUGCAUCAGAACCGUAUGCAAGCUCCGACCUGGGCCAACGACACGGUGGCUCAGGAUACGGCUGAUCCUGAUAGCAGAAGAACUAAAAGCAAGAAGAAGCCUGCGACUGAUGACUAUCUUAACUUUGAUUCAGACCAGUCAGGGAAUGAGGAAGAGGGGUGUGAUGCAGAUGAUGAUGGAGACGAAGCUACCUCUAAAGAAGCUCUGAAGUCUGGGCUGUCCGAUAUGGACUACCUGCGCUCAAAGGUGGUCCAAACAGACGACAUGAUGGAGGAGAAUGAAGGUGAUGAAGAGGAGAACGACGCUCCGGUUCAGCAUGCAGACAGCACUUACGAGAGUGGUGAAAACAUGUCAAAACCUUCAUCUGGGGAUAAGAAGCAAAGCAAUGAGAAGAAAAGUGCCAAACAGGAGAUGGAGCCAACCACAGAUUUCACAGUGAAGCUCAGAGGAGUCCCGUUCAACGUUAAAGAACAACAAAUCCGUGAGUUCAUGACGCCUCUGAAGCCUGCAGCAGUCCGGAUUGGAAAGAAUGACAGUGGAAACCGAACUGGUUAUGUUUAUGUUGAUCUGCGCUCUGAUGAAGAGGUAGAAAAGGCCUUGAAGAAGAAUAAAGACUACAUAGGGGGGCGUUACAUCGAGGUUUUCCGUGUCGAUUCUUUUGGAGACAAGAGGGACAAAAGGGAUAAAAAGGAGGACAGAAACUUUACCAGGGAGCUUAAGAAGGACGAGGAGGAAGAGGACGUUUCAGAAUCUGGUCGACUCUUCAUCAGAAACCUUCCUUACACCUGCACAGAGGAGGAGAUGAAAGAGCUUUUUACUAAACAUGGUCCUUUAUCAGAGGUACUUUUUCCCAUCGACAGCUUAUCAAAGAAACCAAAAGGAUUUGCUUUUGUUACCUACAUGAUACCAGAAAAUGCAGUGACGGCUCUCGCUGAGCUGGACGGACAUAUAUUUCAGGGUAGAAUGCUUCACGUCCUUCCUUCCACCCUGAAGAAGGAGAAGCCCGAAUCAUCAGAUGCUCAUGGUUCUGGGUCCUCGUCAUACAAACGACAGAAAGAUGCCAAAAAUAAAGCGUCAAGUUCCAGCUCACACAACUGGAACACUUUGUUUCUGGGGACGAGUGCUGUGGCGGAUGCCAUUGCUGACAAAUACAACACCACUAAAAGCCAAGUCUUGGACCACGAGACAAAAGGAAGUGUUGCUGUGAGGAUGGCUCUGGGAGAGACACAGAUUGUCCAGGAGACUCGACAAUUCCUGCUGGACAACGGUGUCUCUCUGGACUCUUUUAGCCAGGCAGCAGCAGCGAGGAGUACAUCUGUGAUCCUGGUGAAAAAUCUCCCAGCCGGCGUGGCGGUGUCAGAGCUGGAGGAGGUCUUCUCGCCUCAUGGCUCUCUGGGCCGAGUGCUGCUGCCACCCUCUGGACUCACAGCCAUCGUCGAGUUUUUGGAGCCAACAGAAGCCAAGCGAGCCUUCACAAGGCUGGCUUACAGCAAGUUCCAGCAUGUUCCGCUGUAUCUGGAAUGGGCUCCUGUUGGGGUGUUUGUGGCAGCAAAACCACCAGAACCAGUAGACAAACAGAAGGCACUCAAAGAAGAAAAGAAAGAGGAUGAGGAGGAGGAGGAGGAGGAGGAAACUGUUCCUGGUUCUACACUUUUCAUUAAGAAUCUGAAUUUCAGCACAACAGAAGAGAAACUACAGGAGGCGUUCACAAAAUGUGGUGUGGUCCGGUCCUGCAGCAUCUCCAAGAAAAAAGACAAAUCAGGUAAAUUUUUGUCCAUGGGUUAUGGUUUUGUCCAGUACCAGACGGCAGAAGCAGCACAGAAGGCUUUGAGGCAGCUCCAGCACUGUACUGUGGACAAUCACCAGUUAGAAGUGAAGAUUUCUGAGAGAGCCACCAGAACCGCUGAAGUGUCACGCAAAAAGAAGCAAGUGGAGAAGAAGCAAACCAGCUCCAAGAUCCUUGUGCGGAAUGUUCCCUUCCAAGCAACUGUCAAGGAAAUUCGAGAGCUCUUUUGUACAUUUGGAGAGUUAAAGACCGUCCGACUUCCAAAGAAAGCAGCGGGUUCAGGGAAGCACAGAGGUUUUGCUUUUGUUGACUUCCUCACCAAACAGGACGCAAAGAAAGCCUUUGCAGCUCUCUGCCACAGCACCCAUCUGUACGGGAGACGGCUUGUGCUUGAGUGGGCCGACUCUGAGGAAACAGUGGAGACACUGAGAAGGAAAACAGCCGAACAUUUUCAUGUGGCUGCAAAAAAGCAACGAAAAACAGAAAUAUUGGGAGGAAUUCUGGACACGAUGGAAACAGAAGAGGGUGUUGCCGACUGAAAUCUAGCAGUGCUUCUUUGUAUUUUUUUUUAUUGUGAAUUUGAACAAAAUAUAGACUUUAAUUAAAAAAGGACAAAGCAGUUGUUAUUAUAUUGACAGACUGGAUGGAAAUGUCAUGAAUAUCCAUUGUUUGCGUAUAUUCUGUACUGCAUUAAUUCUCAAAAAGAAAAAUUGUAACCGUAUAAGUUUUAAUACAAAAAUUUACAACAUAA